UCCGCUCUUCCUUCUCAAAACCUCGAAAAGAGAGAUCAAGAGGGAGGGAGGGAAGGAGGGAGAGAGAAAGACAGAAUGGUGGACGUUGCGCAUCUAGAGAGGAUGGGCAGAGAGCUCAAAUGCCCCAUUUGCUUGGGCUUGAUGAGGUCGGCAGUUUCACUGUCCUGCAACCACACGUUCUGCUCCUUGUGCAUAUCAAGGUCGAUGAAAUCUGGCUCAAGUUGCCCGGUCUGCAAGGUGCCGUAUACCAGAAGAGAAGUGCGGCCUGCUCCUCACAUGGAUAGCUUGGUGGAGAUUUAUAAGAGCAUGGAACUUGCUUCUGGGGUUAAUAUUUUUCUAUCGCAAGCUCCACCUUCAAUUGGGAAAAAAGGUUUGGAAGAUAAACGGGAUUUGGAAGAACCUAUAGCAAAUAAGCCACCUGGGGCUAAGCGAAAGAAACAAGGAUUAUCCAAGGUGGGAGCAGUGAAAUCAAUUAACGAGAGUCCUGAAGCUCACAAGGUUGUUGCACCAUCAUUCUUUAAAAAGAAAAGGAUUCAAAUUUCACCGCACCCAAGAAGAAGAAACAGUGAAUCGCCAAUGGCUUCUGAUGACAUUCUUAAGUUGGAUUGCAAUGGGUCUAAUGGUGGUUUAGGAAAAUUGUCCUAUCGUAAGAGCUCCAGUGGCGGCGAGGAUAUUUCCGAUGUUGGACGUGAGGAAUAUCAACCGGCAACAUCAAGAGGAACCGAUGGUUUUGAUCAAGAGAGGAACGUGACCUUAUCUCCUUUCUUUUGGUUGAAGGAGCAGGAUGAUGAUGAUGAGACUGACGGGCAAGAGAGAGAUCAACAACUGGAGAUGGACCAUGUCACUGAUACACCUACAUAUGCUAUGCCAGCAUUUAGUGAUCUGAAGGAUUCAGAAGAUGGCAGUCCAGAAAAGUGCGAAGUCAAUUCAAGAUUUGAGCAUGGGAACUUGUUUGACAGUGAAAUGUUUGAAUGGACACAAAGGCCAGGCUCACCUGAACUGCAUUCCAUGUUUGCAAGGGGGCAGGGGACAGAACAGCCGUCAUCAGUGGAAAAAGAACAGAGGGAUGCACCAGAUCAUGUGAGGAAUCAAAUUUGUGAACAAGAACUCUAUGCAACAGAGAAGGGAAGGCUCAACUUUGAGUUCACACAAAGUGUCAAUACUGCAGAUUCAGGAAGUGGAUUGCUGACGAGGUCUCAAAAAUCAUCAACAAGUAAAACUAAAAGCUGCCGUGUUAGAGGAUGUACCAAGACAACAAAAAAAGGAAGUGUGAAUGGCAAUGGUGAUGCUACUCUAAUUAUGGGAGGCGGUCCUGAUCAAUUAAUAGAUGAGAAGGAAGGCAAUGAACACUUUCUUGGACAUGCUCAUAUCCACCAUGAAACAGUUGUAAAUCUGGAUCCCAAAGCACAUGGUAACAUGGAGCUGGACAAUGUCCACCAUCUUGAAGAUGUCAAUGGUGAAACGUUGGAUCCUGCAAAGAAAGCAAAUAAGAAAGUUCGGAAGCCCAACAAGAAGAAUACACAAGCCUACAUUGUUGAGGAAGAUAACACAAAGACAAGAACACAUGGAUCUAAUGACGUUCGUUCUGAUGAACGGCUGGAUGAUAUUCCUAGGAAAUUUGCAGUUGAACAAUUGUCUUGUGAUCCUUCGGAAAGCUUGGAAGAAGUUCGUGAAAGUGUGAAGGACCAAAUGUGUAAGAGGGAGAAUGGUAAAAUGGACGAGCUUUUGCCUGCCAUUGACCUGCCUAAUCCUGAAACAAAUGAAAUUAACGCUUUCAAGGGAAACGCAAGUGAAAGCAAUGUGAAACAUUGUACUAGGAAAAAUGGGAAAAGACGGCAAAUCAGUAGAACUCAGAAGACCUGUACAGUCAGUGUCAGGGAAAACAAUCCAGAGCAUUCCCCAACAGAAAGAAUAUGCGAAUCCCUGCUUGGUACUACAGAACUGCCUGAUAAUAGAAAAGGUCAAAUCUCUGGGGUCGACGCCCAUACAGUUGAUGAAGAAGGAGAUGAUAAAGAAGGCCCACAACCGAAAAGACACAAGCAUCAGUGUUCAAGGGAAGAAACAAGAAGUAGAACCAGUAAUUCUUACAGUAUCAUAAAUCAAGUCAAUAGCUGUAAGCGAAAGAAAAGGAAGGGAUCUGAUGUUAGUACUGUUUGUAGUGACUUAGUGCCAGUCCUCGAAGAAAUUUUUGAUAGUUCAAAUAAAGUUGUCAGAGUACCUAAAAUUUCUGGAGACUCAAGAUGUUUACAAGAUAAAGAUGCUAACAGUCCAGCCAAAGCUGUGGAGGUUAUUGCAGGAAAGGACUUGAUGCUGCAACGUUGUGAAAGAAAAUCCCCUUCACUUUGCUGUAUAUUUUGCCAUUCUUUGGAUGAAAAAGAGGUUUGUGGAGAAAUGCUGCAUUUUGCCAAUGGCAGGAUUGUUUCUUCAGAUUAUAAUGGAGGAUCCGCUGUUGUUCAUGCCCACAGGAACUGUGUUGAAUGGGCUCCAGAUGUUUAUUUUGAUAAUGAGACAGUCAUUAAUCUUGAAAAGGAGGUGGCCAGAAGCAAAAGGAUCAGGUGCACCGACUGUGGGAUCAAGGGAGCUGCGCUUGGAUGCUAUGAGAAAAGUUGCAGGAAGAGCUACCAUGUUCCCUGUGCCAAAUCAAUCACAGAAUGCCGAUGGGAUAUGGAAAACUUUGUUAUGCUCUGUCCGCUUCAUUCUUCACUUCAACUUCCUAAAGAAAAAGAGCAAUCUGUCCCCCAGAAGCGCAGGAUCAGAAAGGCAUCUCAGAUGAAGAUUAUGAGAUUCCAACCAACGAACAGCAGUCCUUGGCGUUGGACUUUUGGUACUCCUCCAAAGUGGGUUCUUUGCUGUUCUUCUCUUGGGAACCCAGAGAAGGAGCUCGUCUCAAAAUUCUGUAGAGUUGCAGGGUUGCAGAUAUCAAAAACAUGGUGUGCUAGUGUUACACAUGUUAUUGCGUCCACUGAUGAGAAUGGAGCAUGCAGAAGGACUCUCAAGGUCUUGAUGGGCAUCUUAGAAGGGAAAUGGAUAGUGAACAUCAAAUGGGUUAAAGCGUGUUUGGAGAUCAUGGGGCCAGUUGACGAGAGGCCAUUUGAGAUCACUCGUGACAUCCAUGGCUGUUCUAAUGGGCCACAACGUGGGAGAAUGCGGGUUAUGCAAACGGAACCCAAGCUCUUUAAUGGCUUCCGAUUCUACUUCAGCGGAGACUUUGCAUCGUCUUACAAGGGCUACCUUCAGGACCUUAUAGUGGCAGCAGGGGGAGCGGCUCUCCACAGGAAACCUGUCGCAUCGGCUACCCAAGAGACCUUCGUGCUUUACAACGUGGAAGUCCCUGAGAAUUGCAGCCCGUCAGAGGCAUCGUCGUCUGUAGUGGAAAGCAGGCGUAAAGAGGCCGAGGCACUGGCAAGGGCUAGUGGCGCGCACGCCGUCGGCCAUUCAUGGGUGCUGGACUCUAUCGCUGCAUGCUCAUUGCAGCCCUUCACGUGAACAGAUCGCCAGUUCCCCACGAUACGCCAUGAGCAACUCCCGUGCUGCGCCUCCUUCUGUAUAUGCUUAGUUAAUUGCUGUACUCGGAAAGCUAAAAAUGUGCAAGCCUGCCGUUCUGGAGUCAUUACCGAGGAACCUAUGGAGUGAAUUUUCUCCUAUUUUUAUCAUUUUAAAAUUACAAGAGUCCUCAACA